AAAAAACCUCAGGUACAAGGAAUUGUGUUAGUUUGUAAGAAAUUUAAUGUGGUGUCAGCAAAGAGAUUUAAUACCUUUUAAAUUUGUGGACUUGUUGACUCAGGAGCUGCCUUGGUGCUUGUUACCCAGGUGCUGAUGUUGAGUCAUUACUGAAGGAGCAGUCGGGGUAGGAGCUGUGCUCGCUGGCUCUGGCUCUCUUUUCUUCUCCCCCUUUUCCCUUGGGACAGGACUUAAGGAUGGAGGAACAUUAAAUAAGAAUGCUUUGAACAGCACCCUUCUCAGCAGGCCUGCACCAGGAACAGGUAACCUGUAACCCUGAGUUGAAACAUGGUUGUGUUCAAAGAAGGGUGGGGGGUGGCAGUGUUGGUGCUGUGACAGGGCAACAUUUGCCUGCUGGUGGCUGCAGUGAAUCCUCCUGCACACUCCCAGCUCUGCAAUAUUUCAGCACAUGUUUACAGGGUAGCUGGUGUGUUUUCCAGAUUGGCCUUGCCUACUGAAAGGUGAUAGUGUCAGAAAUCUGCUCAUAAAAGUUCCACAUUUUCCUGAAGAAAUUUACUGCAAAGCAGUGGCUUUUAGUAUUGGAGGAUUAUUUAAAAGGCUAAAUUCUCUUUUUAAUGCACAUGUGUAUGUGUGUGGAAACACACACUUUUCUUCCGAUUUGGAGUUUCUAAUGUGUCUCAUAGAAUCCAGGUUCUCUCUCCUCUGUCAAUAUUUGUGACUAGUUAAUGAUCAACCUCUUGACCUCAUGGCUGUUCCUGGUGUACAGCCAAAUCUCUUUCCUGUCUUCCCCUAAAAAAAAAAUAAAGAAAAACAAAGAAAUCAGGAGGUCAGUGUUCUGGAUGCUCACUAACAUGGAGAGCAGCUCCUCACUUGGGAGAUUUCUCCUGCUGAUGUGCUUCAUUGACAGCAGCUGCCUGUUUUCAUAUGAAGUGUUUGUGAGCAAAGACAAAGCCCACGAGGUGCUGCGAGUCCAGAAACGUGCCAACCACUUCCUAGAAGAGAUUCGUCCAGGGAACUUGGAGAGAGAAUGCAAUGAGGAAAAGUGUUCAUUUGAGGAGGCCAAGGAGAUCUUCCAUUCGCAGGAGAAAACGAUGGAGUUUUGGUUCAAUUACAAAGGUUUAAAUCCAUGUAGUACAAAUCCCUGUAACAAUGGUGGAGUCUGCAAAAUAAGACAUUACAGUUACUUUUGCAUCUGCCCCCCAGAAUUCAGAGGACACAACUGUGAAAUAGAGAGGCUGGAGUGCUGGUACAAGAACGGCGGCUGCUGGCAGUACUGCAGGGACAGCAGCGCCCUCCACGUGGAGUGUUCCUGCGCCAGGGAUUACACCCUGCACGAGGACGGGAGGAGCUGCGUGCAGGCAGCACCGUUUCCCUGUGGCUUGAUCAAAGCCAGGCAGGCCCUGCAGGAACAGCGGCGGGGGCCAAAAAGCCUCCUGAGGAGCCAGUGGGAGCACAGGGAUGUGCCUGAGCUGAACAGGAGCACAGAGGGCACAGCUGGGCAGACGGAGCUGGAACACAGUGAUGUUGGGGAAAAGGAGACCAUAAAGGAUGCCUUUGGGCACGCUGGACAAACGGAGGUGGCAGGAGAUGCUUCCAGCUGGAAGAAGACAGUGGUGGGCUCUGUGUCCCAGAAGCCCCUGGGGGAGGAGCUGGAUGGCCCUGAGAGCCACAAGGCAGUGGAGGGAACUGGGAGAGGCCUGGAUGAGCCAAGCCAGGGCCCAGCAUGGCAGAACAAGAGCACAGCACCUGCUGCCAGGCAGGAAGGAACAGGGGGAAACACCACAGGGCAAAACCAACGAGGGGAGGGCAGUGGCAGGAACAGAACGGGGGCUGUUGAACACAGGAGUGAUGGGCUGCAUCAGAGCAGGGACAGGGGAGACGGUCUGGACGUGCCUCAGCCCACCCAGGCAAACAUCAGCUCUACUUUGGAGCACUGGGACCCCAGGAUAACAGGAGGAAUGCUGUGUCAUCGUGGACAUUGCCCCUGGCAGGUGCUGAUCCGGGACAGCCGGGGCGUGGGGUUCUGCGGCGGGAGCCUCCUGAGCAGCCGCUGGGUGGUCACGGCCGCGCACUGCCUGGACCUUGUGAGCCCCCACCACGUCACCGUGGGAGACUUCGACAAAUACCAGAGGGAGUUCAAGGAGCAGAAGAUCGCUGUGGAACGGAGCUGGACGCACCCACACUACGAUUCCAACGACUACAACGGUGACAUCGCGCUGCUCUACUUGAGCAGUGCCGUCGUUUUCAACGAGUACGCGAUUCCCAUCUGCCUGCCCAGCCCCGGCCUGGCCGCGCUGCUCUCCGAGGAGGGGCGGCUGGGGGUGGUGAGCGGCUGGGGAGCCACCCACGCCCGCGGCUCCCCCCUGCGCUUCCUCAUGAAGGUGCGGCUGCCCCUGGUGAGCCUGGAGCGCUGCCAGCGGGCCAUGGACAGGCUGCUCACCGACAACAUGCUCUGCGCGGGGCACGGCACCGCGGCCACCGACGCCUGCAAGGGGGACAGUGGGGGCCCCUUCAUCGCCUCCCACCGCAACACCUGGUUCCUCCUGGGCAUCGUCAGCUGGGGCGAGGGCUGUGCCCAACAGGGGAAAUACGGGGUGUACACCAGAGUAGCCAACUACAUCCCCUGGAUUAAAGAGGUGGUUGAAAGCGUAGCAGAUUCAGAAAACUUUUCCAUUAACUUUUCUUAAUGCCAGCUAUAGGAGCAGGAAUAAUUCUACUAUUACACUGUUUCAGUCUACAACACGGGGCCUGUUCUUGUCCUUAAUGGUGUAAAAUCAAGCUCCUUACCCUCAAGGAAAUUUUGAGAGGGUUAAAUUGCUUAUUCAAGUAUUGCUAAGUAAAAUACUUGUGUAUAAUAAAGAACUAUUUGCAAGUAA